AUGCUCCUGCAUGGUUUCCCCGGCGUUGGCAAGACUUCAACAGCGGAGUGCAUUGCAGCAAAGAUUCAGAGACCGCUGUAUCCCAUUACCUGCGGAGACCUGGGCACUGAUGUAGAGACGGUCGACCGGCGCCUUGGACAGAUCUUUUCCAAAGCUCAGAAAUGGGAUUCUGUUCUUCUCCUCGACGAAGCAGAUGUGUUCUUGGGGGAAAGGACCAAGGAUGACAUAGCUCGUAACGCACUGGUAUCAGUCUUCCUCAGAACUCUGGAAUACUACGACGGGUUGCUUUUCUUAACUACCAAUCGAGUGGGUACCCUCGACGAGGCCUUCAGAUCGAGAAUCCACGCAACUCUCUAUUAUCCACCCCUGAACAUCGAGCAAACAUUGGCCAUCUGGGACGUAAAUAUGAGGCGUAUCAAGGAAUUCAAGCAGGACGGGAUUGAUCUUGACCCUCAGGAAAUCAAAAGUUUCGCAUGGGAUCUCUGGCAGUGGAUCGAAGAAAACAACCGGACACAGUGGAAUGGCCGCCAGAUUCGAAACGCGUUCCAGACCGCUUUGGCUCUAGCAGAGCACGAACGCUCUGUUGAAACGGGAGUAGCAGAACAGCCAGGUCCGCAAUCUCGGAUUUUCUUGAGCAGCACUCACUUCAAGAAGGUGGCCCGCACAAUUGUGUACUUCGACGAGUACCUUGGGACAGCCCACCACGGCUUGAGCCAGUCUGAAAGGGCAUAUGCAAAGGGCCAGCGAGCUGAUCAAUACGGCCGACCGCAACCUCAACCAACUUCGCAGCCUUUUAUGGAUGAUCGGAAGUUAUGGGCAUCUUCCGGGCCUGGCUCGAAUCGCCUCUUUGACUCAGAAUACCCUUCGAACACAUCAACGCCACAGAAGCCUAGGGCAGGAAAUUUUAGUAGAAAUGCGCGGGACUACCGCGUCGGUGGCGCCCAGGAAGGUUACGGCGGGCAGGAUCGGACAACGUCAUUCCAAAGGGAGGCUGCGCCAUUCGGCUUCUCCGGCACUUCUCAGGACGGCUACAAUGAUAUGGGAUCCAGGAUGACUUUUGGAAGCGAUGCUUCACAGAUUCCCAAAAAGCCGGGCCCUCCUCCAUUUUAG